AUGUCUUUAUUGAAUAAAGGUCAAUUAGAUAUAGGUACUAUUCAAUUUGUAUUGAAUCAUACUGAUAGUCCUACCAUUACAACAACUUCACCAACUGUAUCUUCAUCUCCAUCACCUCAAAGACAGCAACAACAACAACAACCAUCACACCAACAACAACAACAACAACAAAGAUGGGAUAGUCAAAGUGAUCAAGAAGAAGAAGAACAAGAAGAACAAGAAAAUGAAGAAGAAGAAGGAGAAGACAAAGAUGAUUAUGAAAGCGCAGAUGAUAAUGAUCAAGACGAUAAUGAUGAUAACCAAGACAAUGAAGAUUGGAAUAAUAGAGGAAGAAAGCAUAAUCGUAGUCGUAGUAGUAGUAAGGAACCAACAAAAAUGCAGAUAGAUCAAGAAACAACAAUGUCAUCACCAUCACCAACUACAUCUAAUCUUUCAUGGUUGGAUCAAUUGUCAAUAUGCGUAUCAUCUGAUGGUAAUCUAAUGGUAUUGGGUGGAGGUGGAUCAGGUGGCAUCGGAACAGGUCUAGCUAUAGUCUUGCAAAAGAGACCAAAUGAUGAAAGUUGGAGAACCUCUAUAACACUAGAUCAUCAAUCUCAAGUCAUAGAAAAGAUAACACAAAUUGUAAUUGUACCAUUAUUUGUAAAUCAAUUGGAUUUUGUCAUUGCAAUUGGAUAUACAUCUGGUUAUUUACGAAUAUUUUCUCCACAUGGAAAUUUAUUACUAUCUCAAUUAUUUCAUAGAUUACCUGUACAAAAAAUUAAGAUUAAAACGACUCCUAUAUUAUCAUUAAAUUCAGAAAAAUUAAUAACACAAGAAUUAUCAAUAUUAUACCCAAAUAAUAUAGUUGCUAGUAUGUCUGGUAUAUCACUAUCAACUGUUUUACAAGUUUGUUAUUCUCAAAUAUUAAGAGGUGAUUCUACGACACAGGCUCAAGCAAACCUUGACUUUAAGAAAUGGAGUUUGGGUUCGAUUGAAAAGACAAGAGACAUUGUAUUUUGUGGACCGUUUUUAGGGUCACCGUUCCGUGCACUUCCAUAUGGAACCACUGAGAACAGUAUAGUUAGAUUGGUGGCUGUUGGAAAGGAUCCAAUCGUAUCGUUUUAUUAUCCGUCCGAUGACGGUGGUACGUCAUUCUCGGUGGCUGUAGCAUUGGUUUCUAGUGUUGCUGCAAAGUUGACCAACGCAGUCUACUCUUUUGCAAAGAAUUGGUGGGGUGGUGGAGGACAACAACAACAACAACAACAACAGUCUCAACAGCAACAACAGUCUCAACAACAACAAGACCAAAAGAUUGAAAACCCAUUACCACUUUCUAUUCGUUGGUCUAUUAUGGACGAAAAGAGAGAGUUGCAAAGUAUUAUACUGGAUCCAUCUGGAAGAUAUGCUGCCACUACAGAUAACCUCGGCAGAGUGUUAUUGAUCGAUGUCAUCAAUAGUGUAAUUAUAAAGGUUUGGAAGGGGUAUAGAGAUUGUCAAUGUGCCUGGAUACAGUCUAUCAACAAUAACAAUAACAAUAACAACAAUAAUAAUAAUGAACAAUCUGAUCAAGAAUCAAUGGAUCAAGAGUCAUUGGAUACUCAAACGUUGGAGGAUUUGGUACCACCAAAAUUAUUAAGAUCGGCAGCUAGCAAGAGACAGAUUACCUAUCACACCUAUCUGGCAAUAUAUAUUGGAAGAAGAGGAUAUUUGGAGGUAUGGGAAAUGAAACAUAAAAAGCGAGUUUUAUUCCAAAAGGUUGGUCUUGGUUGUAGAUUGGUAACUUCUUUUGUUCCUUCUUCUUUGAAAUUAAAGUCUUCCUCUACUACUACUACCACCACCACUGCUCAACAACAACAACAUCAAUCACCCAAUUUUAAUAGAGCAAUUCCAUCACACCUUCUUUCAACAAUUGAUAAUUUCCAAUCACAUUGUUUUUUAAUCAAUUCUUUAGGGAAUGUACAUGAAAUUAUUAUUAAUAAAUAA